AAUAACAUCUUUUUCUUACUCCAUGAUGGCAACAUGUUCCAGCAAAUGUGCAGAAAAUCCGAAAUGCUUGGCUGUGGACAUCUGUGAUUCUGACGAAGAAAAGUACUGUAGACUUGUAAAAUCCUUAAAUUUUACGUCUACAUCUACAGACGACUACAAACAAACCUGUAAAAGAUACAAAGUGGAUUCGAGAUGUGAUGAUGAUAAAUAUUUUGACAGAACUCGCAAGCAGUGUUUAAUAAAAAGUACAUAUCUGUGUGAUUUUGAGACGAGUCUAGAAUCUUCAUGUUUUCUGACAGAAACAAACAGAGAUAUCUUCAACUGGACUAGACACUCAGGUAUCACACUCUCUUAUUCCACUGGUCCUGAAGCUGCAAAAUCCGGCACCUACUACAUGUACAUAGAGGCAACCAAUCAAAAUUUUGGGGAUCACGCACAAUUGGUCAGCAACAUAGUUUUUGAAGAUAAGACAUACUGUCUUUCGAUGUACUACCACAUGUACGGAUCAACGACCGGAACUCUGAAGAUUCAGACCAGGACCGGAAAUGACACGGUGGUGACUCAUUGGGAAAAGUCAGGUGACCAGGGAAACCAAUGGUACAGCAUUGAUAAACUUAAUCUCCCUCUGAAUAACAACACUGAGAUAAUCAUUGAGGGCAUCCGUGGACAAAGUUUCGAAAGUGAUAUCUCUGUUGACUACAUAAUGCUGAGGCCAUUUCCUUGUGUCUAAAGACUUUCAAUGCUUUCAACGUUCUAGAACUAAAUUCUUAUGA